CGUCAUAGCUGGCUGAAAAGAGUGCAAAGAUGCUGCAGGUGAGAAAAGCCUGCGUCCUGUCGACCCUCUGCCUCUUCUGCUGCUCCUGGACGGCUGUGUGCGGACUCAACAUCAGCGCCAGAUGUGCUCAGGAUGCUGUGAUGUUUCUCACAGAGCUGAAGGAAAGUAAACCGGACAAAUACGCAGUGCUGAUGUAUGAUGCGCUGGGGAAGAUGGGCAGUGAUGUGGAAGGUGGGAACAUGAACAGAGUCGGCUCUCUGCAGGAGUGUUUGUCCGUUCAAGGCCCUGGAUUUGGAGGACAAUACUGCCAGCUCUUCCUUCAACAGGGGGCGCUGGACUAUUUUGUAGGUAUCUGUGUGCCUGAUUCCUGUGAUGAAGCAGAAGUGAGUGCACUUACUGUCUACGAGGAUUUUGUUCAGGGUCGAACCCCCGUCAUUCCUCCUGUACCGGAUCUGUUCAUAUCAGAACACACACUGGCCAUUUUUAUGACUCAGUGUAUCGGAAACAACAUUACACCUGAUCCAUCUGCUGUAGUGUGUCUGUGUGUGUGUUGCAUGAUUGUGGCUCUACCUCUUGUGGCGACCAUCUAUUUAGCUGUGCUCAAGUGGAAUAAAAACAGAGAAGCAAGGUCAAAGGUCAACCCCACGGGCUAUGGAGCACUUCUGGCCAACAGUUCAACCAAUCAGAGCAAAGAAUGCAUUUUACUCCAAAACACACAAGUGCAGGAGCGCUACAACGAGAGAGAGCAGGAGGGUCGAGACACAGGCCGUGUGAUGUUGUUCCUGCGUUCACUCUCCGUCCGGUUCAGUGGUGUGUGUUACAGUGACGUUGUGUGUGACGGUGUGUGUUCCCAAAAAGCUUAUCCGUCUCUCCAUGGCGUUCGUGUUCUCAGCCUCUUCUGGAUCAUCUGUGGACACACGGUGCAGCUCAGUGCCUGGAGUGGCCUCGAUAACAGUAAGCGAUGGAGAGCGGCUGUAGAGAGCAAUCCUCUGUAUGUGGUGGCGUUUAGCGGACCGGUUUAUUUGGCUGUCGAUACUUUUUUAUUACUCGGUGGACUCCUGAGUGCAAAAUCUUUUAUCAGCUGCAUCCAGAGAUCAGAGGACAGGCUGAGCCUCCGACUGAUCGUACACUUCCUGUUUAGGAGGUUUAAGAGGAUCCAGCCGCUGCACCUCUUCAUUGUGUGUGUGAUCGUCGCUCUCUUCUCGUUUCUUCGUAAAGGUCCAUUCUGGUUCACAGCUGAAGACCAAAUACUGACCUGUAAGGAGUUCUGGUGGUCCAACCUUCUGCUCAUCAACAACCUGAUCACCAUCACACACACGUGUGCGCCAUGGACCUGGUACCUCUCAGUCGAUUUCCAGUUCUAUGCAACGACCCCGUUCCUCAUUUUUCUCUACAGACUGAAUAAGCAUGUGAUGGUGGGCGUGGCCUUUACUCUGCUGGCGAUGUCAUGCAUUUCCAGCGCUUUUAUCACUGCGCUUCUGCACUUACCUGUUCACCAACCCACAACACUUGAUUAUGAAAGCUACUUUGAAUAUUACUACAACAAGCCCUACACCAGAUACGGUCCGUACGUGAUCGGCAUCCUCGCAGGAAUUUACAUCCUCGCCAAGAAGGAAGAUCUCAUAAAGCAGCAGUGGCAGGCGGCUGCUGGUUGGUUUGUCUCUCUGUCCGUCAUGGCCGCGAUCGUGGGCUCGGCUUACGCACUGAGGGGUCAGGGGUCACCGGGUCACGCUGUGUAUCAGGGUCUCCAUCGCUCGCUCUGGGCACUCGCUGUGGCCUGGGUCAUCCUCGCCUGUGAGGAAGGAUACGGAGGUUUUGUGAAUAAGUUCCUGUCCAUGAACCUGUGGGUUCCCCUGUCCAGCAUCAGCUUUGCCUGCUACCUCGUUCACCCUCUUCUCAUUUUACUCUACAACUCCAAACAGGAGACUCUCAUCCACUACACUGACCUCAACCUCUUGUACCUGUUCCUGGCUCACUCGGUUCUCACGGUGGUUCUAGGUUGGGUUCUCACUGUGCUGAUUGAGAAACCCUAUCAGCUCCUGAGUUCACGGGAAUAAAACAUCCGAGCUGUGAACGUGUGUAAAUAAAUAAAUACAUGUAUGAGGGGUUUAUAUGAGGGGUUUGUAUGAGGGGUUUACAUGUAUGAGGGGUUUAUAUGUGACUACCUUCUCACUAGCAAGCAGCAAGGCACUUACAGUGGGAGGAGUUUGUUUCUAGUGGGUGUGACUUGUCUGUAGUGGGCAUGGUUUGUCUCUAGUGGGUGUGGCCUGUCCAGCUGUGUUUUUGUGAGAAACAGCAGGAGCUCAAAUGUUUUUUCUUGCUGUGUUAUUUUCAGUGGGUCAGAGUUCUCAUGGAGAAUGUUGAAGAUCUGUGUUCACAAAUCACGUUUCUGGUUUCAGGUGGCAGUGUGUGAGGGGGAAUGAUGGUGUUUGAUGUGUGUGUCUGUAUGAUAGAGAAGGUUGGUGUGUGUGUGUGUGUGUGUGUGAUGGAGAAGGUUGGUGUGUGUGUGUGUAUAAUGGAGAAUUUCAUCUCAAUGUGUGUGUGUGUGUGUGUGAUGGAGAAGGUUGGUGUGUGUGUGUAUAAUGGAGAAUUUCAUCUGAAUGUGUGUGUGUGUGUGAUGGAGAAGGUUGGUGUGUGUGUGUGUGUAUGAUGGAGAAGGUUGGUGUGUGUGUGUGUGUAUGAUGGAGAAGGUUGGUGUGUGUGUGUGUAUAAUGGAGAAUUUCAUCUGAAUGUGUGUGUGUGUGUGUGUGAUGGAGAAGGUUGGUGUGUGUGUGUAUAAUGGAGAAUUUCAUCUGAAUGUGUGUGUGUGUGUGUGAUGGAGAAGGUUGGUGUGUGUGUGUGUGUAUGAUGGAGAAGGUUGGUGUGUGUGUGUGUGUGUGAGAUAAAUAAGGUUGGUGUGUGUGUGUGUGAUGGAGAAGGUUGGUGUGUGUGUGUGUGUAUGAUGGAGAAGGUUGGUGUGUGUGUGUGUGUGUGAGAUAAAUAAGGUUGGUGUGUGUGUGUGUAUGAUGGAGAAGGUUGGUGUGUGUGUAUGUGUUAGUGCAUGUUAGUGUGUAUGAUGGAGAAGGUUGGUGUGUGUGUGUGUCUGUCUGUGUUGGUGCAUGUUAGUGUGUAUGAUGGAGAAGGUUGAUGUGUGUGUGUGUGAGAUAAAUAAGGUUGGUGUGUGUGUGUAUGAUGGAGAAGGUUGGUGUGUGUGUGUGUGUGUGUGAGAUGGAGAAGGUUGGUGUGUGUGUGUGUGAUGGAGAAGAUUGGUGUGUGUGUGUGUGUGUGUGUGAUGGAGAAUUUCAUCUGAAUGUGUGUGUGUGUGUGUGAUGGAGAAGAUUGGUGUGUGUGUGUGUGUGAUGGAGAAGGUUGGUGUGUGUGUGUAUAAUGGAGAAUUUCAUCUGAAUGUGUGUGUGUGUGUGAUGGAGAAGGUUGGUGUGUGUGUGUGUAUAAUGGAGAAUUUCAUCUGAAUGUGUGUGUGUGUGUGUGUGUGUGUGAUGGAGAAGGUUGGUGUGUGUGUGUGUGUGUGUGUGUAUGAUGGAGAAGGUUGGUGUGUGUGUGAGAUAAAUAAGGUUGGUGUGUGUGUGUGUAUAAUGGAGAAUUUCAUCUGAAUGUGUGUGUGUGUGUGUGUGUGUGUGAUGGAGAAGGUUGGUGUGUGUGUGUGUAUGAUGGAGAAGGUUGGUGUGUGUGUGUGUGUGUGUGUGAGAUAAAUAAGGUUGGUGUGUGUGUGUAUGAUGGAGAAGGUUGGUGUGUGUGUAUGUGAUGGUGCAUGUUAGUGUGUAUGAUGGAGAAGGUUGAUGUGUGUGUGUGUGUGUGUGUGAGAUAAAUAAGGUUGGUGUGUGUGUGUAUGAUGGAGAAGGUUGGUGUGUGUGUGUGUGUGUGUGUGUGUGUGAGAUGGAGAAGGUUGGUGUGUGUGUGUGUGAUGGAGAAGAUUUGUGUGUGUGUGUGUGUGUGUAUGAUGGAGAAGGUUGGUGUGUGUGUGUGUGUGUAUGAUGGAGAAGGUUGGUGUGUGUGUGUGUGUGUGAGAUAAAUAAGGUUGGUGUGUGUGUGUGUAUGAUGGAGAAGGUUGGUGUGUGUGUAUGUGAUGGUGCAUGUUAGUGUGUAUGAUGGAGAAGGUUGGUGUGUGUGUAUGUGAUGGUGCAUGUUAGUGUGUAUGAUGGAGAAGGUUGGUGUGUGUGUGUGUGUGUGUGUGUGAGAUAAAUAAGGUUGGUGUGUGUGUGUAUGAUGGAGAAGGUUGGUGUGUGUGUGUGUGUGUGUGUGUGUGUGAGAUGGAGAAGGUUGGUGUGUGUGUGUGUGAUGGAGAAGAUUUGUGUGUGUGUGUGUGUGUGUAUGAUGGAGAAGGUUGGUGUGUGUGUAUGUGAUGGUGCAUGUUAGUGUGUAUGAUGGAGAAGGUUGGUGUGUGUGUAUGUGAUGGUGCAUGUUAGUGUGUAUGAUGGAGAAGGUUGGUGUGUGUGUAUGUGAUGGUGCAUGUUAGUGUGUAUGAUGGAGAAGGUUGGUGUGUGUGUAUGUGUGUCUGUGUGUUGGUGCAUGUUAGUGUGUAUGAUGGAGAAGGUUGGUGUGUGUGUGUGUGUGUGUGUGUGAGAUAAAUAAGGUUGGUGUGUGUGUGUAUGAUGGAGAAGGUUGGUGUGUGUGUGUGUGUGAGAUGGAGAAGGUUGGUGUGUGUGUGUGUGUGUGAUUGAGAAGAUUGGUGUGUGUGUGUGUGUGUGUGUGAUGGAGAAGGUUGGUGUGUGUGUAUGUGAUGGUGCAUGUUAGUGUGUAUGAUGGAGAAGGUUGGUGUGUGUGUGUGUGUGUGUGUGUGAGAGAUAAAUAAGGUUGGUGUGUGUGUGUAUGAUGGAGAAGGUUGGUGUGUGUGUGUGUGUGAUUGAGAAGAUUGGUGUGUGUGUGUGUGUGUGUGUGUGUGAUGGAGAAGGUUGGUGUGUGUGUAUGUGAUGGUGCAUGUUAGUGUGUAUGAUGGAGAAGGUUGGUGUGUGUGUGUGUGUGAGAUAAAUAAGGUUGGUGUGUGUGUGUAUGAUGGAGAAGGU